AGGCUGCCGGGAGCGGGCGCCCCCUGGACUGGGGACCUCCCUGUCUCCUGGCGGCCUCGGGGGUCCCAGCCUGGGCUCGUCGGUGCCCCUGCUCCCUGCACCCCCAACACCCCUUCCUCCGCCUCGCCCUCCCCAGGUUCCCAACGUCUCUAAACGUCCACCAGGACCUAGUUCACCGGCCUAAGCGUGUGCCCACUCCCCUCGGAGCUGCCUGUGCAGUCCCGGUGCCGCGGUUCGAUGAGCCUGCAGGGGGCGUCCUGCUCCUCGGUGACAGCGGAAGAGAUUGGGCCUGAGAAGGGCGGGACUUGGCCGGGUGUUCGCCUGUAGGUGGGACCGCGAACAGGACUCAGGCUCCCAGGGCAAGCGCUGUGCCCACUGUACUGCGGUUUUCUUAAGAGAGUAAGUGCAGCACUAACCAAGUCUUGUCAGAUAAACAAAACCACGCCGUGAUGCACAUUUAUCCCGUUUCUGAGAGCACAUACUCUGUGUUCCUCUGUAUUCCUUGAUUUUUAACAAUUGAAAGAAAAGUAAGAAAAUAGGUCAACAGUGUAACAGGAUUUCCACCACCACCACCCCCACCACCUUUUAUUUAAUGGUGGCCAACCUUUUGAAAACGGAGUCAGUGUUUAUAUUCACCAAUGGGAGGAACCUGUCGGAUUACCUCCAUCCUUUUGGGGUGGCAAUGGUUCUGGUGUGUCUCUCUGUCACCCUUGAGCCCUAUCUGAGUGUUCACAGGGCAUCAUUUUAUUGCGUUUUCUUUGGCGAUUCUCAUGCAAAAGGUUCCCGGCCACACAGGCCAGGGUACUCAUGACUUCAAUGACUUGCUUGUUCUCCCCUAGGUCCGCUGUUAACAACCUCCACACUUUUCCAAGAGCAGCAGAAAAUGCAUGAGUCCCAGCUGCUGAUUUUUGACGUUUUUAAUUUCCGUUUUGGAGGUAAUAAUUGCUACCGCUAAGGAGCCAGUGUCAUUCAGGGACGUGGCCGUGGACUUCACCCAGGAGGAGUGGCAGCAGCUGGGCCCGGAGCAGAAGACCACCUACAGGGACGUGAUGCUGGAGAACUACAGCCACCUCGUCUCCGUGGGGUACGACAGCGCCAAGCCCAGUGUGAUCGUCAGGUUGGAGCAGGGAGAGGAGCCGUGGGGGGCAGAAGGUGGCUCUCCGUGCCAGGGUUGCCCAGAAAAAAUCAAGAAAGUUGAUGAUGUAUUAGAAAGAAUCCAAGAAAAUGAAGAUGAACGUUCAAGGCAAACUUACUAUAUCAAUAGUAAAACUUUAAUUGAAGAGAGAGAGAAUACAUUUGAUAAAACUGAUAAAACUUGUAACACAGAAGCAAACUUUGUUCCUUCAAGCAUAUCUCAUAGUUGUGUCUCUUGUGGAAAAAUUGUAGACUCUAGUUCAGAAUUAAUUAUUAGUGAUGGAAGCUAUGCAAGAAAGAAGUCUGAUGAGUGUAGUGAAUGUGGAAAAACACACCAUGGAGAGAAACCUUAUGAAUUGAAUCAAAAUGGGGAAGGUUUUUCUCAAAAUGAAGAAAGUAUUCUUCAGAAAAUUAAUAUUUUAGAGAAACCCUUUGAGUAUAAUGAAUGCAUGGAAGCCUUAAACAAUGAAACUCAUAAGAGAGCUUAUAUCAGGGAGAAGCCCUGUGAGUGGAGUGAUUCUGGACCAGACUUUCUCCAGAUGUCAAAUUUUAAUAUGUACCAGAGAUCACAGAUGGAACUGAAGCCCUUUGAAUGCAGUGAAUGUGGGAAAUCCUUCUGUAAAAAGUCAAAAUUCAUUAUACAUCAGAGGGCUCACACAGGAGAGAAACCUUAUGCGUGCAAUGUAUGUGGCAAAUCCUUCAGCCAAAAGGGAACCCUCACUGUACAUCGGAGAUCACACUUAGAGGAGAAACCCUAUAAAUGUAACGAGUGUGGGAAAACCUUCUGUCAGAAGUUACAUCUCACUCAACAUUUGAGAACUCAUUCAGGAGAAAAACCCUAUGAAUGUAGUGAAUGUGGCAAAACCUUCUGCCAGAAGACGCAUCUCACCCUCCACCAGAGAAAUCAUUCAGGGGAGAGACCCUAUCCGUGCAAUGAGUGUGGGAAAUCCUUCUCCCGCAAGUCAGCCCUCAGUGACCAUCAGAGAACACACACAGGAGAGAAACUCUAUAAAUGUAAUGAAUGUGGGAAGUCCUACUACCGAAAAUCUACCCUUAUUACACAUCAGAGAACACACACAGGAGAGAAACCUUAUCAAUGUAGUGAGUGUGGAAAAUUCUUUUCUCGAGUGUCAUACCUCACUAUACAUUAUAGAAGCCAUUUAGAAGAGAAACCCUAUGAGUGUAAUGAGUGUGGCAAAACCUUCAAUUUGAAUUCAGCCUUCAUUAGACAUCGGAAAGUACACACGGAUGAGAAACCCCUUGAAUGUAGUGAAUGUGGAAAGUUUUCUCAGUUCUCAUAUCUUAAUGACCAUCAUACAACUCCUUUAGGAGAGAAACCCUAUCAAUGUAAUGAAUGUGGGAGAACUUUCCUUGAAAAUUCAGCCUUUGACGGACACCAGUCAAUUCCAGAAGGAGAGAAAUCCUAUGAAUGUAAUAUAUGUGGAAAAUUGUUCUCUGAUUUGUCAUACUACACUGUACAUUAUAGAAGUCAUUCAGAAGAGAAGCCCUACGGAUGUAGCGAAUGUGGGAAAACCUUCUCCCAUAAUUCAUCCCUCUUUAGACACCAGAGAGUACACACAGGAGAGAAGCCCUAUGAGUGUUAUGAAUGUGGAAAGUUCUUUUCUCAGAAGUCGUAUCUCACCAUACAUCAUAGAAUUCAUUCAGGAGAGAAGCCUUACGAAUGUAGUAAAUGUGGAAAAGUCUUCUCUCGGAUGUCAAACCUCACUGUACAUUAUAGAAGCCAUUCAGGAGAGAAACCCUAUGAAUGUAAUGAAUGUGGAAAAGUCUUUUCCCAGAAGUCGUACCUCACCGUGCAUUACAGAACUCAUUCAGGAGAGAAGCCCUAUGAAUGUAAUGAAUGUGGGAAAAAAUUCCACCACAGAUCAGCCUUCAACAGCCACCAGAGAAUCCAUAGGCGGGGGAAUGUGAAUGUACUCAGUGAGGGAAAUCUCCUGUGAAAGUCAGACGUCGUUUUAGAAAAACCCUCUGAAUAAUGACUUGGAGUCAGAUAUCAUGAUCUGAGAGUUCAUAUGUUUGAAUGGGGGAAAACAUUCAGACAUUAGGUUCAUUUUCAUCUGACUUUUCACAGAGGAGAGUCUCUAAGAAGGCAACAGGAAAAAAUGCCUUCAGAACAUGCUACAACUCAUUGGACACUAGAUAAUUUAUACAGGAGUCAAUUUUAUAAAUAUUUAAUAUUUAUUUUGGAUUAAAGUUGUAUUUACAUAUCAGGGAGUCAUACCAAGGCAAAGUCUGUCAAAAUUGAUAAAUGUGGAAAAAUAUUUUGUCUUGGAAAUUGUUAUACCAAAAGCCAUAUUUCUGAUGUAAAAUCACAUGUUUAUAGGAAAGAUAUCAGAAGCUAUCACCUCUAAACCUUUAUUGUAUAAAACGAGUUUUCAAACCAUCAGGACUUGAUAAUAAGGUCAGUAGCAUUAAAUACUUAUAUGGAAGUUUCUAUCAUGUUUUAAAAAUGCAAUCUAAUAAUUCUAUGCAAGUUUGGAUUUGAAUAAUUUAUGAAAAGGCAGUAUUCUUAUUUGAGUAUUAAAAUGGCAAAAUGUUGGUGAGAUGUUUGACAGGUACAGAAUAGUUUAGUGCAUAAGUUUCUAUUCUUUUGAUGCACUUAUAAAUGGGUUUCUAAUAAAUGCCUCACCAAUAGUGA